GGAUCGAACCCAGAAUCUCUGGUUCCGUAGACCAGCGCCUUAUCCAUUGGGCCAUGAAGUCUUUUUGACAUUCCGCUCUGUCAUUAGUAAAUUAACUUUACUUUCAGUCUAGUUAGGCUGUUCCUUUCCUUGGCACCUUUUGCCGCCUGGUGAUCGCAGAACCAUGGAGCCACGCUCGGGAGCUGCACUGCAACCGCAAGCAUACAGAGAAAAAGGAAGAAGGAAUUAAGCAGAGGAUAGGAAUAUAGGAAUAAGGAAUCCCAAUCCAUAUUUAUUUUAGCGGUGGAAAUUCAACACUGCUCGCUUAUAUUCCAUUUAUAGCAAUAGCAGAUGGGUAAAAAGCAAUCAUUUCGGAGUAAAGCAGCGCACUUUGUUUCUGAUCUCACCACUGUUCUUCUCAACCCUAUUUCUGACAACAACAACAACAACAACAACCCUAUUUCUCUCCCUCCUUCCGAAGAAGAAGACGAAGAAGCGGGUGAGUCAAACGGUAGUCACGACCAUGAGGUGAUAAAUUCAAUUGAUGGACCUGAUACUUCAUCCUUCACUGCGUUUCUCUACUCUUUGUUAUCUUCUUCGGAUUCCGGGGUUGAGAAGAAUGAUGAUGAGGUGGCAGGUGAUGACUCUGCCGUGAAGACCAGUUUGUUUUCCAGGGGCAAGCAUUCACUUGGUAGGGCCAUUCAACAAGCUGCGCUAAUGGGUGCAUUUCGCGUCAGGGAUACUAACAGGAAUAAUAAUUACACCGAUACCAAGUUCAACGAGGGGAUUCAGAUGAAGUGCCUUGUGAGGGACCCUGUGCCUGUUGUUGAUCAUUAUCAGCCUCAAAUUUCUGAGCCUUCAAUGCUCGUUUCUGAUGGGAUGAGGGAUGCUGUGUAUGCCUCACUUCCGGGGCUUGUUCAUGGCAGGAAAUGGAUGUUGCUAUACAGCACUUGGAAGCAUGGUAUAUCACUUUCAACACUUUACCGGAGAAGCAUGCUUUGGCCUGGAUCGAGUUUGCUGGUUGUUGGGGACCGUAAAGGAGCAGUAUUUGGUGGCUUGGUUGAAGCUCCUCUUAGACCAUCUAACAAGAGAAAAUAUCAGGGAACAAACAAUUCAUUUGUUUUCACAAACACCUCUGGUUGUCCUGUUAUAUAUCACCCAACAGGAGAAAACCGGUACUUCACACUUUGCACCACUGACUUUCUAGCAAUUGGUGGGGGAAGUCAUUUUGCGCUUUAUUUGGACGGUGAUCUAUUGCAUGGGUCCAGUUCGGUUUCAGAAACUUACGGGAAUCCUUGCCUUGCACAUUCUGAAGAAUUUGAAGUGAAGGAAGUAGAGUUUUGGGGCUUCGUAUUUCCUUCAAAGUAUGCGGAAAUCAUGGAAUUGAGCAGAACAGAGACACCUGGGGUCUGUCGCUGGUAAAUAUUUCUCUGGGCACGUGUCAAUGCCUCAGCAGUUUGUAAUUCAUUGACGGGUCAUGCUGCGUCAUAAACUUGACAAUAUCUGAUAGUAAAGGAUACAUAGUUGAUUGAUAGACAAUAUGAUGAAGAAAUUUCAUAUAUCCACUCAUGUUACAACUGUGUAACAUGCUUGUAAAUAUUUGCAAGACUGUAUGUACAGAGUUCAUAAUCAUACCCAUUACAAAAUGGCCAAUUUUGUGUGAUGUGUUUGCAUGCAUUAUUAAAGCAGAUGAAGGAAAACGAAGGAUACCUUGUGCUCCAGUAUUGUUGAAGUCAACUGUUCUACAGUCCUAUAACAAAAAUGCUUUAGAAGAAAGAGGGUGUCUUUUACAGCUUGCAUAAAAGGUGUUCAGACGGGAUUUUUUGCUAGGCUGCACUACUUCUAUAUCUUCUGCUAAUGCUUCCGUCACAUGCAGUUACAUAUCGGAAUUUUUUUUCUUCCAUGCGACACUGUAUUAUUGAUAUUUUGAAGUCUGCAUGACACACUAAGACCUAUCCUGGAACUGUUGCACCAGCAUCAUUCUUCUGAAACGGUUGAGCAUAAUUAGAUGUAGGUUAGCUAGGUUUAACAUCUCAGUCCUAGCAAAUAAAUCUAAGAUCUCCAUGUACUAGAAUGUAGAGAAAAGGAAAAGGCUUGCCUCUUAUUUGUUGCACAAAAGAUACUGAAGAGCAUGACAAAAGAAAUGGGGGAAAAAAAAACUGAAAACCCUCCUUCGGAGAGAAGUCCCCAAAAAUUGUCUCAAUUUUUAACAUUUGUAAUGUGUGUUUGGAUUGAAUUAUGUUUAGAUACUAUUUGAACAAUGGAUCAAGUUUUAUGUUUGGAUA